AGUUGAAACUCUAUCUGUGGAACUUUUUACAAACUUUAGUUCGAAUAAGUUAAUUCUCGAAUUAUUGACUGGCUGAGGCUGGUUUCAAAUUCCUAGGAAUCCCUGUUUCUUUUGCGUGAAUUUCCCGCAUGUUUGACGGAUCCAUCCGUGAUAGCUCCCAUCCACAUCCAUCUGAUCUCCAAUGAGCAAACCAUCCGUGGACGCUGACGCCGUCCGCUUCUCCGCUCCCUCCCACGUUGACACCACCGGACUGCGUCGACGGGAGUUCCAGCGUGAUCUCCCCACACGCAAGGAUUCCGACGAUUUCACCGAUAACCAGUUCAAGAGCUACUUCUACGAUUCCUGCGCGCCCCCCAUCGCUUCCAUCUGGAGAGCCGUGAUUUUGUUCGUGGUGGGCACGGUGCUGACGGUUGUGGGGUCGUUAUUGCUGGCUGGAUAUUUCGAUACCAAGUACGCCGAUCGGACGUGGCCGGUGCUGACGCUGGGCUUACUGUGCUUCAUCCCCGGCGCGUACUACACCCGCAUCGCCUACUACGCCUACAAGGGCUACGAGGGCUUCAGCUACCAGGACAUCCCCAGCGACUGAUCUCCAAGCAGCAUGCCGGCUAUCCAGGCGCGAUUUGUACCGGCCGGUCAGGGGGCUGGUGAUGCGAGUGCCGCCGGAAACUUGCGUGUGGACAUUCCUUUGAGUGAGGGAUUGGGCGGGUUGUUGGCGGGGGUGGCGGAUGUGAAGGCGCGGAUCAAUACGCACCUGACGGAGGUCCUGAACCGGCAGCGGAUGGGUGGGGAGCGGGAGACGGUGGGCGAGGAGGCGGAGGAGGGGGAGGACGAAGUGGAGGAGGACUAUUUGGAUAAACUGAAUAAGUAGUGAUGCGAUUUGUGUUGUUUGAUCUGUUUUGUGUUUUUUCCUUGAAUUCCAGAAAAUUCUGUUUGUCGGUGUGAUGAUUUGUGUUUGAAAAAUCAAUUGAAUAGUCUUGUCCACUUUGUGUGGCUUGAAGCUUCGCGCUUUGCGUAGCUUUACAUGGCAUUUAAACUCGCUAUUAAAGCACUACUAUGA